CCCGCAAGCCUAUCACAUCCUUCAGGAUCGUAGUGGUGACUUUCGGUCGUCCGACGGUCCUCCGUCUCAUUUCACUUUGCGUUACCGGCAAAUCAUCGUUAAACUGGCUACGUAAUAGGCAUUUAUUACUUGGCCGGAUUUCUUUAUUACGGUAGAUGCUACUGUAAGGACUUGGCACGAAACAGGACAUCCGAAAAAUGCAGCAGCAAUCAGUAAUGGAAGAGGGAACGGCCUAUGAGCCACCUACUUACGACGAGACAUUCCCUGUCCUCCCCGAAUCAUCUAGCUCCAAUUCUGGACCGUUAAACAUAUUUUCCAUAAGUAACAACUUACAACUUGGUCGUAUUACUAUUACACAGAUGUUCCGCGUACCAGGGGAAGAACGCAAGUUUGAUCAUAGUGAUAAAUUUGGCGAACGUGAAUCUAUUCGUACAUGUAAAACUAUUAUGAAAGAGACAAGCACUAUUAUCGAAAUUGCAUCAUCUAAAGAUCAAUCUCUAACGUUUCUUAUAACUGGAAAGCAAAAUCAGGUUUUAGAAGCUAAACGGCGUAUUUUGACAACGUUUCAAACUCAGGCAAGUAAGCAGAUUAGUAUUCCUAAGGAUCAUCAUCGUUGGAUUCUUGGAAAGCAAGGGCAGAGGCUAAAAGAUCUAGAGCAGAAAACUGCUACAAAAAUUAAUGUACCUGGUGUCCAAGAUCAAUCAGAUAUAAUAACAAUUACAGGAACAAAGGAAGGCAUUGAAAAGGCUGAACAUGAAAUUAGAGUUAUUUCUGAUGAACAGUCUAGGAAGGCUUUUGAAAGGAUAACUGUGCCAAAAAUAUAUCAUCCAUUUAUAUACGGUGCACAUAAUGAAAAUCUCAAUGCUAUGAUGGCAGAAACUGGUGCUCGCAUCAAUAUUCCUCCUGCAUCAGUACAGCAGGAUGAAAUAACUAUCGCUGGUGAGAAGGAAGGAGUCUUGGCUGCAAAACAAAAGAUCGAUAGUAUUUACAAAGAUAUGGCAAAAAGAUGUACUACAGUAUCUGUAGAAGUUCCCAAAUCUCAGCAUAAAUAUGUAAUUGGACCUCGUGGUAGCACUAUAGCGGAAAUAUUACAAACAACUGGAGUGAGCGUAGAAAUGCCUGCACCUGACUCGGCAACUGGUACCAUAACUCUUAGAGGACCCCAAGAGAAGCUCGGCCAGGCGCUUAACAAGGUAUAUGAAAAGGCAAAUAGUGUUCGCACUGCUGUGGUGGAAGCUCCGGUAUGGAUACAUAAAUACAUCAUUGGACGCAAAGGUGUAAACAUCAAAAAAAUUACUCAAGAAAUGCCAAAAGUAAACGUAGAAUUUACUGGAAAAGAAGAUAAAAUCAAGAUAGAAGGCCCACCUGAAGAAGUAGAAAAAGCACAAAACGAGUUGCAGCUUAUGGCCAACGAUCUUAUAUCAAAGCUUACUUUCACAGAAUUAAAUGUUGACCCAAGAUUCUACAAACAUAUCAUUGGGAAAAAUGGAUGUAAUGUGAAUCGUGUUAAGGAAGGAACAGGUGUAGUGAUUAGUAUUUCUGAAAAUGAUGGCAGUAACGUUAUCCGUAUUGAAGGUAAUCAUGCUGGGGUAUCAAAAGCUCAAACGGAACUUGUAGAAAUGGUUAAAAAACUAGAAAAUGAGAAAGAAAAGGAUGUGAUUAUAGAUCACAGAUAUUAUCGUAACAUAAUUGGAAAUAAAGGAGAUAAUAUCAAAGAAAUUAGAGAUAAAUUUAAUCAAGUACAAAUUGUUAUACCUGGACCAGGCGAAAAAGGAGACAUAGUGAAAAUUAGAGGACCUAAAGAAGACGUAGAUAAGUGCCAUAAACAUCUAAUGAAGUUGGUAAAAGAACUUAACGAAAGCAAUCAUGUAUUGGAAGUACCUAUUUUUAAACAGUUUCAUAAGUUUGUUAUUGGAAAAGGCGGUGUUAACAUCCGUAAGAUUAGGGAAGAAACGCAAACAAAAAUUGAUUUGCCUGCAGAAGGUGAGAAGAGUGAUGUUAUAACUAUCACUGGAAAAAAGGAAAAUGUGGAAAAAGCGAAAGAAAUGAUACAAAAGAUUCAAAAUGAAUUGGCUAAUAUCGUUACCGAAGAGAUCACUAUACCACCAAAGUUUUACAAUUCUCUUAUUGGUACCGGAGGUAAAUUGAUACAUUCUAUUAUGGAAGAUUGCGGAGGUGUUACGAUCAAAUUCCCUACGGCAGAAAGUAGAAGUGAUAAGGUUUGCAUCAGAGGUCCAAAAGACGAUGUGGAGAAAGCAAAAGCGCAGCUUUUAGAACUAAGCAAUGAAAAGCAAUUAUCUAGUUUCUCGGCUGAAGUACGUGCCAAAGUUCAACAUCAUAAAUUCCUUAUUGGAAAGAAUGGUGCCAACAUCAAAAAGAUAAGAGAAUCCACAGGUGCACGAAUUAUGUUCCCGACAGAGGAAGAUCAAGAUAAGGAAGUGAUUACAAUUAUGGGAAAGAAAGAAGCAGUUGAGAAGGCUAAAGCCGAUUUAGAAGCUACGAUUAAAGAGAUUGACAAUAUUAUCGAGGGCGAAAUUCGUAUCGAUCCUAAGCAUCACAGACAUUUUGUAGCACGAAGAGGCGGUGUACUGCAUCGAAUUGCUGACGAAUGCGGUGGUGUGCAGAUUUCAUUCCCUCGGGCAGGCGUCGAUAGUGAUCGCGUUAGUUUAAAAGGCUCGCAUGAGUGCAUAGAAGCGGCAAAACAACGAAUGCGAGAAAUCGUUCAGGAACUAGAAUCUAUGGUAACGGUGGAAUGCGUAAUACCGCAAAGACAUCAUCGUACAGUAAUGGGUGCAAAGGGUCGCAAAGUGCAAAACAUAACAUCUGAAUAUGAUGUGCAAAUUAAAUUCCCCGAUCGCGACAUAUACGAUGAGCAAAAAGUGGAACAAGUUAACGGUGAAAAUGGAGAAGGUGUGGAAACUAUUCCAGCUUGCGAUAUAAUUCGUAUUACCGGUCAACCUGAAAACGUUGCUGCUGCUAAGCAAGCUUUACUCGAUCUCGUCCCUAUCACGAUUCAAGUUGAUGUUCCAUUUGAUUUCCAUCGUUCGAUAAUUGGCCAGAAAGGUAAAGAUGUGCGUGAAUUAAUGAAUACAUAUGACGUACACAUCAUGCUUUCUCCAGCGGAGGAAAAGUUGGAUUACAUCAAAAUUUCUGGAACACCAUCCUGCGUUCAAAGUGCCAAGGAAGCUAUCCUUGAAAAAUGCGAGGCUUUGAAAGCCGAACGAGAAGAUCGAGCAUUAAAAUCGUUUGAAUUAAAACUUGAAGUUGAUCCGGAAUAUCAUCCAAAAAUUAUUGGGCGAAAAGGAGCGGUGAUCAGUAAAAUUCGUAGUGAUCACGAUGUUCAAAUUAUCUUUCCGCGCAAGGGUGAUUCCGAAGAACAUAUUAUUACAAUAAUGGGAUAUGAGAAGAAUGCAUUCAGUGCACGAGAUGAUAUCAUGAAGAUUGUCAAUGAAUUGAAUGGUUUAACAAAAGAGGAAGUGCAGAUACACGCUGCAGUUCAUUCGCGUUUAAUCGGUGCAAAAGGUAGAAAUAUCCGUAAAAUAAUGGAGGAAUUUAAAGUUGACAUAAAGUUUCCGAGAAAAACCGAUGCUGACCCCAAUAUCGUAACUAUCGUGGGAGCGGAAGACAAAGUAGCCGAAGCGAGGGAACGUUUACUGAAUCUAGAGGAGGAAUACAUGCAAGAUGUGAUAGAAAACGAAUAUCGUGAAAGUUUGCGUUCGCCUCAACGUGAUGACGGUAACAACAUCGGUGGCAGUGAGAAUGAUACUGGCUUCAUCGUGAAAGGCGGACCAUGGGAACAGCAACAACAGCCUCAAAGCGCACCGAAUACAGCUAGUGUAGAAGAAUUCCCGCAAUUCGCUGGUUACUCUCAUGUACCCGUUGUAACUCCAGACGGCCCUUGGGGAAUUAAGCGUUAAACUAUAAAUCUGAAAAAAUCACACUAAAAACCAAUUGAUGAAAUCUAAUAAGCUAACGAGAUGUAAGGUAACUUUCCUCUGACAAACGGUAUGUAAAAUACAUAUGAGCAUACACAUAACACAUACACACAUGAAACACAUCUUACACUUGCAUAUGCACUUGUGUUGGGUGGUUCCCUGUUCCAUUACUGACGUUGUUGCUGCAUACGACCUGGCCAUUCUAUUGGACUCUGACACUGGUUUACUACACACAACAUUUGACGACGAUGUUUAUAUUUACAAUUCAUAAUACCGAUGUCCUAUGUAUCUGUAACUGUAAUGCAUGUUGUCUUGAGUUUGUCGCCAUGUCACUCGAUCCAGUCGGACGUACACAUGUACGUCAAUUUAAUCUCGUGGCUUUCAUUUUUAAUGAUAUGCUUUCCAGGUACAGAUAUGUUGUACUUAAGACUGUGGCUUCGUGGGAAAUAAUCGGAUCAGCGUUCUGCGGAAGAAGACUAAAUCCUCAAAAAUUCCGAAGUAGAAUUAUUCUAUAGUAUUUUCUACUUAAGAAAUGCAAAUUGUCCGUGAAUACGAUUUGUAUUCUACGAUUAAAUUUUUGUGUAUGUUAGUUUCUUCCCGCAGAAACUGGCCGAUUUAUUCGUGUAUUAUAUUAUUUUCACAGAUAAUCUUUGUACUGCGUAUAGACACUAACAGUCAUACGUUGAUCUUAGCAUAAUAAUUUGUUAAUUUAUUUAUAUCUUUUUUGUACAUAUAUCACAUUUUCUCGUUAUUUUGUGCCACUUAAGUGAAGUGGUUUCUAAACUACAUCACGAUUGUUGAAAUUUAUAUUAUAAAAUUUUCAUGAAUCAAAAAAAAAAGAGGAA